AUGGGAAAGAUUGUCCAUUCAGGUCAAAGACAGAUCAUAGUGAACCUGCACAAGGACCUGAAAAGAAUUGGAUCAUCUACCAUUCAGCGAACGCUGUCGCAGUACAAAGCGACGGGGACCGUCACUUCUCCUUGCAAGAAGAAAGUGCGAUUGUCCACCUUAGAAAAGAUGACGAUGGAUCAGAAAGCACUCCUUCGUUUAAAGGUCCACCAAUUUUGGGAACGAAAGGAGCUUCCGACCAUCAAGUCGCUGCUGGCAGCCGUAAAUGCUGAUGGAAGUUUCCCAAAAUUCAGCCACAUCACCUUGUACAGGAUCCUAAAAUCUUUGAAUUUUAGGUACACCGACCGAGUGAAGAAUUGUGCGGUGCUGGAGCAGCCUUACAUACUCAACUGGAGGGAGCAAUAUAUUCGUGCAAUUUGCCAGUAUAGAGAAGAGGAACGGCCCAUAUAUUAUUUGGAUGAGACAUGGGUAAAUACUGGCGAUUGUCAAAACAAAGUCUGGAGGGAUUUCAAUGUGGUAUCGGUGCAAGACGCGAGGCGGCAAGGACUGUCUACUGGUGCACCAGCUCCCACAGGAAGGGGGAAAAGGCUUAUCGUGCUACACAUUGGGUCAGCCGAUGGUUUUUUACCUGGGGGACUGCUGUGUUUUGAAUCGAAGACCAACACAGCAGAUUACCACGACGAAAUGAACGGAGGUACGUUCUUCGAGUGGUUUUGCCGGAUCGAGCCCUUAUUAAAAGAAAAUGCUGUGGUAAAACAACUGUUAACGGAAAAGAUUGAAGGAGUAACAUCGGAGAUGUGGAAAAAUUGUAUACACCACACCAUCGGCAUUGAACAGAAGCUCAUGGAUAUGGAUCGCUUCUCCCAAGAUACUCUGGAAAUGCCUACUAUUGGCAGUGAUGUGGACAUGUCCGAUACUGAUGUUAGCGACUGA